AUGUAUCGUAGACCGGACAACAUCCCGGAAGAAGACCGUUUUCAAGGUGGCAGCGGUCAAUCCUAUCGUCCUGGCGGCGCCGCCCCUCGCGAACGUUCACCACCUCGAGGCGACUCCUACCGAGCUCGAUCUCCACGCCGCGACCUAGACUCGUAUCGAGGCGGCCGACCACGUAGCCGAUCUCCUCCCCCGCGCCGCGAUGACUACCGCAGACGCACCCCGUCUCCUCCGCGAUAUCCUGAGCGCGACACGAGACUAGCUGGAGACAGCUACAGAGGACGCCCUCGUUCACCACCACCGAGCACGAGAAGAGAAGAUCUGCCAAGAGAUGACUUGUUCAGAAGAGAGCCUGCACGAGAUGCGAGAGACUUCAGAGACGUACGUGGAGGCUACAGAGACGAGCGAGGCUAUGCUGGUGACAGGGAUCGAGGAUACGGUGCUGCUCCGCCUGCUGCACGCUCCCCACCUCGAGGGUACAGGGACCGUAGCCCGGUGCCGCUCAAGAGGGUCAGGGAGCCGUCUCCAAUAGGUAGCAGAGGCAGGAGAUCACCGCCACCGCCGGCAAAGCGUGAGCGUAUACAGAGUCCGCCGCGCGGCAGGUAUGAUGACUACCCACCACCGUCUCGAGCGCAAAGCCCACCCAGACGCCGCUACUCGCCUGACCCUCGCGAUCGUGCUCCUUCGCCUCGUGGUGCCCCGCGAGAGUUCCGCGCGCGCUCGAGGUCGCCAGUAGGUAGAGACGCCAGGCCUGAUCCAAGAGCAGCCGACGACUGGCGCAGACCUCGCUCUCCCACACCUCCCCGCUACGGACGUCAAGACUACCUCGCUGAAGAGAACGGAAGAGGCUCUGCUCUCACCUCCCGCCACUCUUCGCCCCCAGUGCAUCCUAGCAGGCUGCCUCAGCUUGAUGAACUUCCAACCAGACCAGCGCCUCGUGAUCCGUACGACAGCCGCGAACCGUACCGUGCGCGCGAUCCCGAACCACGACUUCCAGCUUCGCCAGCUCCACGCGAGCGUGACUACGCGGACGACCGCAUUCCGCCUCCUCGUGAGCCGUACCGCGCAGACGAUGCUCCUGCGCCAAGAGCUCCGCCAACUGGCCCAGCUGGAUACCGCGCACCCUCUUCCUCCAUGGCUCCACCAACCGGACCUUCGGCGGCGCCACCUGCUCGUGCGCACAACUUCCCACCAUCCGGUCCAAGAUCUGGCGGGCCUCCGCGAGGUGACUUUGGGUCUACUCGUGGUGACUUUGGGUCUGGCAGAGGUGACUUCGGCCCUCCUCGUGGCGACUUCGGUCCACGCGGCCGCGGUGGGUUCAGAGGCAGAGGCGGCUUUGACGGAGCGCCACCCUUCCGCGGCGGCAGAGGUGGAGGUCCUGGCUUUGGCCGUGGCGGGCCCGGCUUCGGUCGUAGCGAGAGCUUCGCAGGUCGCAGUGAAAGCUUCGGCGGCCGCAGUGAGAGUUUCAAUCGCAGCGAAAGCUUCGAUCGCGACAACGACUUCAACAUGAGCAACGCUCCACCUUCUGGCCCAGGCGCAGGCGCAGGUGCAGGUGGACCACCCUCUGGACCUCGCGGCUCCUUCUCAAGCGGCCCACCACCUCAGAUGUUCCGUCAGAACAGCAAUAGCACCGCUACGACUUACCCGCGCACCCAGCGCUUCGGACCGGGCGGCCAACCACUCCCAGACGAGGACCCACGCACCGGCACCCCAACCGGCCCUCGCGCCUCCCGCACCGAGCGCGUCCACCCCGCCCUCGCCGACCUGCCAACAGCAAUUGAAGGCGGCCAGAAAGCCGAAUCGCUGGUCAAUACCGCAAGGCAGAACAAGCUGAUGGAAGAAGCGGACAAAUUGCGCAAGCAGAUCGAUGAGAGGGAAGCGAAGAAGCGGAAGGGACAGAGGGACUGGGAUCGCCUGUCGAGGGACACGGAGGCGGCGACAUUGCGGAGUCAGUUGGCGGAGGAGUCGUUGAGGAAUCUGAGUGGCGAGGCUGAGGGGGCGGCUGCGUUUUAG